GCUGACGCCGGCACAGCAGCAGAUGUUAAUACAGCAGGCACAGGCACAGCUGCUGGCAGCUGCAGUGCAGCAUUCUGCCAGCCAGCAACACAGUGCAGCUGGUGCCACCAUCUCUGCCUCUGCUGCAACUCCCAUGACACAGAUUCCCCUUUCACAACCAAUACAGAUUCCACAGGAUCUGCAGCAGUUACAGCAAUUUCAGCAGCAAAAUCUUAAUCUGCAGCAAUUUGUGUUGGUACAUCCAACAACUAACUUGCCGCAAGCGCAAUUUAUCAUCUCACAGACGCCGCAAGGGCAACAAGGCCUUUUGCAGGCGCAGAAUCUUUUAACACAACUACCUCAGCAAAGCCAAGCCAACCUCCUGCAGUCUCAGCCAAGCAUCACCCUCACCUCACAGCCAGCAACCCCCACACGCACAAUAGCUGCGACCCCUGUACAGCAACUUCCACAGAGCCAGUCAACACCAAAGCGAAUCGACACUCCUAGUCUGGAGGAGCCUAGUGACCUUGAGGAGCUUGAGCAGUUUGCCAAGACAUUUAAACAAAGACGAAUCAAACUUGGAUUCACUCAGGGUGAUGUGGGGCUUGCUAUGGGCAAACUCUAUGGAAAUGACUUUAGCCAAACUACUAUUUCCCGCUUUGAAGCCUUGAACCUCAGCUUUAAAAACAUGUGCAAAUUAAAGCCUCUUUUGGAAAAGUGGCUCAAUGAUGCAGAGAACAUUACAUCUGACUCUGCGCUCACCAGCCAAAGUGUUCUAAACUCUCCUGGGCAGGGACUUGAAGGGGUGAAUCGCAGGAGGAAGAAACGCACCAGCAUAGAGACCAACAUACGAGUGGCCUUAGAAAAGAGUUUCCUGGAGAACCAAAAGCCUACCUCGGAGGAGAUCACCAUGAUUGCUGACCAAUUAAAUAUGGAAAAGGAAGUAAUCCGCGUCUGGUUCUGCAAUCGGCGUCAGAAAGAGAAAAGGAUCAACCCCCCAAGCAGUGGUUGUUCUGUUAGCUCACCCAUUAAAGCAAUGUUCCCCAACCCAACAUCACUGGUCACUACACCAAGCCUUGUGACAAGUAGUGCAGCAACUACAUUGACUGUGAACCCAGUUCUCCCUCUUACAAGUGCUGCUGCUAUAACCAGCUUUCCUGUCCCAGGCACAACGGGAACUCCUGCCAACACAGCAACUGUGAUAUCAACAGCACCUCCUAUAUCUUCAGUUCUGAAAUCAUCAUCCCUUAGUCCUUCUCCAUUGGCCUCUGCUGCAACAUCAGAAUCAUCCAGUGCAAGUGAGACCAGCACGACGCACACCACUUCAUCUACUUUCUCCUCCCCACUAAGUACUGGCCAAGUGAUGGUAACAGCAUCUGGAAUCCACACAGCAGCUGCAACGGCACUACAGGGAGUAGCACAGCUGCCAAAUAAUGCAAGUUUCGCUGCCAUGGCUGCUGCAGCAGGAUUCAACCCUGGGCUGAUGGCUCCUUCACAGUUUGCUGGUGGUGCUCUAUUCAGUCUCAACCCCAGCUCGCUGGGCGGAGCCCUUAGUCCCCUGAUGAGUAACAGCACUCUGGCAACAAUUCAAGCUCUUGCAUCUGGUGGAUCUCUUCCAAUAACAUCACUGGAUGCUAGUGGUAACUUGGUCUUUGCCAAUGCUGGAGGAACACCUAAUAUUGUGACUGCUCCCUUGUUCCUUAAUCCUCAGAACCUCUCUCUGCUUACCAGCAAUCCUGUUAGCUUGGUCUCUGCAGCAUCUACGGGGGUCACUGGAUCCCUUGCAAGCCUUCAUGCCACCUCCUCUUCAAUUGAAUCCAUCCAGAACUCUCUUUUCACAAUGGCCUCUGCCAGCGGAGCUGCUUCCACCACUACUACGGCCUCAAAGGCACAGUGAACCAAGGGGAAUUACAAUGGCUUUUGUCAGAUCAUGGCGACAGUUGAGCUUACUGUUGAUCAACGAAAGAUAACAAUGUGAUUUGACUGCCUCUCGACGUGUUGGAAGUUAGAGAGGAGAAAAGAACUAACUCAAAGAGAACAAAUAAUUGAUGGACAUUUUGCCUAAUUUUAUAAUAAACUUUCUCUUUUCAGGAUCGCUUCCCUGAUCAGAGAACUUUCUAACCAAAAAUGUUAAGAAAAAAAAAAAAAAUAACAAAAAAAAAGUGAAAGGACUACUUAUCAUUUCCAGCAGUCACAUGGACAAGUUAAGGUUGGUUAUCAAAAAUACGACAUAGGAAGGGGGAAUUUGUUUUGAAUAUACUUUUUAUUUUUAAUUAUCAUUUUGUACAGGUCUGUUGUACAGACCUUUAUGUCAUGCAAGGUGUUUAUAAUCAUAUCAAUAAUAUUGGGGUUCCUUACAUAACUGGUACAGUUUAGGCAGGCCUGUAAUACUGGUGUGUGUUUUUCCUUCCUCCCUUUCGGAUAAGGUUCUAACUGAUUCUAGUUAGUGAAAUGCCUUUAUGGAGCUGGACGUUGUUCAAGGCUUUAUGGUCACUGCUAUGGAUAUUAUUCAUGGUCUGCUCCUUGUCUGGCUUCUAUAAGAUUCUGGGAAAUGUAUUUAAGCUUUAAAUUAUUUUAGCACCUUGUGCAGAAGAUGGAGCCAUUAAGUCCUAAAAGAUUUGUGCAAAGUUGCAUUUACUUUAUGCACCUACCAUACAUCAGUGAGCCUCUGUGGUCUUUGUAGCCUAGUCUCCUGUGUUAAUUACAAAAAAUGCAUAUAAUGCUCAGCACCUGAACUGUCUGUCACUGGGUAGUGCACACUGGACAGGAGUAACAGCCAAAACUCCCCACUUAUAACGAACUGUAUGCAGAGUCCACAGCACUAUAAAAAUAGAAAAUGUAUUCAGCCACAAGCGAAAGCGGAAUGAUAUGCGACGUUUCGGACUCUCAGGCCCUUAAUCAUGCAAGGGUUCACAAUACACCUGUGUGACUAUUAUCUACCACAUCUACCAAUUACAGCUCACUACACCAUAACCCCUUAAAUACCAUAUAAAAAACACCACAUUUAUACUACCACCUAGUGGUUAAAAAAUAUUUGUUAUUUUUGUAACAAUAUAAAAAUUAUUCACAAUACAUACAUUUUAUAAUAAACACACUUCCUUUACUUUAUGCACCUAUCAUACAUCAGUUAGCCUUUGGGGGCUUUGUAGUCUAGUCUCCUGUGUUAAUUAAAAAUACAUUGUUACUAAUUUUGUGCUUAAAUAGCAAAAAUUAUACAUCAGCUGCAAAUAUCAGUGGGAAGCACUAGAGACAUUUCAAUGCCAAGUUCAUUGGUUUUCUUUCUUAGCUAAGAAGAUGCUGAGCUACUUUGCACAGAUCACAAGGUUAAAUGGCUUUGUUUUUGUGUGUGUGUGUUUUUUUGUUUUUUUUUGUUUUUUAAUGUUGUGAUGGACCUAAGUCAGCAGAAACGGCAAUAAGUCAUCCAAGGGACCAGACUUUGUGCUUGCCAUGUCUGAAAGAUAAGAAUUUUGUGAGUGAUCAAAAAUGGAAAGUAAUCUACGUUAUAUUUUUUUUUUUUUUUACCUAAUAUACCAAUAUAUUUAAAUAUAAUAUACACUUAAAGCCAAAAAUCUGAACGAAUGAUAACGUAGACUGGAUCACUGCAUUUGCAGUUUACUAUAUAUAUAUAUAUAUCCCGGAGGUGGGUGGGGACACUUUUCUACAAGUUAAAGCUGUCCAAAUUUUGUUCUGAGUAGUGAGAUUACCUUGUAACAAACUAUGUGUGUGUGUAUAUAAUUUUUUUGUUUUUUAUAUUUUUUCCUUUAUUCAUACCCAUUGCACUGAUUUGGGUAAACCUAAAACAAAAAAAAAAGAACCACAACAACCACCCCUGGGCUUAUUUAGUCUUUAAUUGUGUCUCUUGAUCAAAGUUUUAAAGCAAUUUUAAAGCUCUAACUCAAAUAGACCAGUGAACUGCUGGCAGUAAACUAACCCGUGUCAUUCAGUUAUAUAUGUAUGUUUUUGUUUUAUUUUUAUUAACCCCUUUUGCCGGAGAAUUGGCCAGCAAUUGUUUUGGUUGCAUGCCAACUUCUGGUACAGAGGAAGGUUAACUAAGCUUGAACCAAAGUCAAUUUCCUAGCAAGCUGCUGUACUAAUGGACUAGUUUAUAUAAGUGCAGUUCAGGCGCAGUGAGUGACGAGAUAGAUGCUACUGACAAUUUUUCAUUUGUGUCUUUUUCUUUUUUGGUGUGGGUAUUGAUUUUAUAUAUAUAUAAAAAACAUGCUGCUUGUUUUAAUUUUUUCCUUUAAUGUUUUACUUUUAGGACAAACUCUAACUUGAUAAAUUCACAUUUAUUAUUGUUUGUGUGUAAAUAUUAGCGUUAAGGUCGCUUUAUCUCAAAUAAGCCACCACUUUUUUUUUCCUCUCCAUGCGUCCCAAAAACAAUGUAUUGGCCUAUAUUGGCUUCCUCUGCCUUUUUAAGUUCAAAUCAUUUACACUAUUUUUUGGAGCACAAUAUAGUAUUGUGGUUCUGAUGUUAAUAAUGUCACUAGCCUUAAUCUAGGCAAGCAUUUUGUGCAUUUCCCUAACAUUAUCAGCUAGGUAUUCUGAGAUGGUGCAAGGUAAUAGAUGCAGUUAGCCGCUUCACUGACUAAGAUAUGACACUGAAAAGGGCUAUUGUAUGGGUAUUCGCUAAUGUUGACUUUCAGUGUUUUUAAAACUUUUUUUUUCCCAUUCUUUCUAGAGCACUGAAAAGAAUGUAUAUUCAUUUAUCAAGACCAUAAAUAGUUAUGUGACGUGUUAAACAAAGGGCAGAUGCAGAGUUAAACAGAACCUGAGCCUCUUUUUGAAUAACUGUACAAUUCUAAUAAUUCAGAGAGUUUUGUAAACUCCUGCAUUUUUAGAACUAACCAGUUUUCACAAAUGUAAAGUUACUAAAAUGUCACUCCAGGUUUUAAUUGCUAAUUAAUGCAAGCCCCAAGUAUUAUAUAUCAACUGUAAUCAGAAUAUACAGGAAUGACAGAAGAAUCCAUAUAAUACAUUCCUUGAUAUUAAGGAAUUGCAAAUUAUUGGGCUUUAAAAAAUAUUCCUAUUCAUUUAAUUUGCAACCAGUUUGUUUCUACUUUCACAUGUAGAUAUGUCUUUUUGAGUAAAUAUAUACUAUUUACAAAAAGGUGUUUUUUCUUUUCUUUUUUUUUUAGCAUAAAAAUUAUGUGACAUUUUGUACUAGGGUGCAAGUUCCUUUCAUGGCAUACAAUUUACCAUUCAAAGCUAUAGUAUUUCAAUAUUUUAGCCUGAUAGGCUCCAUAUAUAUUUACCCAUAAUUUAAUUACCUAUCCAACCCAUUGGAUUGGAUAGGUAAUUCAAUUAUUAGAAUUUUUGGUCAUUGUGGUGAGCAUUUUUUAUUAGAACUUUUAUAACCAAGAAGAAUUCUUCAAGCAUCCAUGUUAUUGCGAUGUCAACAAUUUGAUUUGCAGUGAGGGCUAGGGUUUCUUUUUUGUGUUAUAGAUUUUAGCCAUUUUAUCAUGAAUAAUUAUUUUCUUACACAUUUAUUAUAGUGUGUCUAUAUUUCAAUGAAUAUAUUUUUAAUCUGCAAUCUAAUUUUCCAUUGUAUACUCUUCAUACAAUUUUGUAGCAUCCAUCUGAUACAUCCCAAUUUACUGACUGAGAAAUAUCAAUUGUUCCCAACCUACUUGUCUAUCCCAUCUCCUUUUGUCAUGUGGCAGCUCCAGAAAUGAUGGUUGUCCAGAAUAGUUUCUGGUCAUUAAUAAAAUACCUCAUCUUAUCUUGACUUUGUCAAAGAUGGGCUUGAAAUAUCUGGGAAGAAAGAAAACUUUAUACGCAGAUUCUAGAUGUAAAUAUUUGGUCUGUUUAAGAUUGCUCAAUACUGUAUUUUUUCAUGCUGGUUAUUAGUAAUGAUUAUUCAUAAUAGGUAAGGCAAAAAGAAUACAUUUAUCUUAAAAAAAAAUAUUUUAUUCACUUCUUGCCAAAGCUUAGACCUAUGUGCUCUAUUUGGCCCCAUGCCACAUAAAACCAUUCCAAUGAUAUCUAUGGAUAUGUUGAGUUCUAAACUAUUUGUCCCUAUGAAAUUUCUAAAAUGUAUUUCCAAAUUCCAAUGUUGUUUUCUAUUUCUUUUUCACUACCUACCCAGUUUUCCUUGUCCACUCAGUUUUUGGGCAAAAGGGUUUAUGGAUAAAGCCUGAACUUAAGGACCCUGUUUAGUAUAAUGAGGUUUUGUAGGGAACCACUUAUAAGAAAUGUAAAUAAUUUAAUUGGACUUGUGAAAAUACCACAAUUGUGUGUAUCUAUAAGUUUCUGAGGUCAGGUAAAUGUCUGCUUAAAAACACCAAUAAGUAAGUCAUUCAGAUAGUGUUGAUGUUAAAAGGCCAGAGUUUCUCAAUAUGUCCUUAGGGAAUGCUUUUUCCAAAGAUGAUGUAAUUAUUCCUGUUUUGUAGCCAAGAACUUUGUAUUUCUUGUAACGGGUGCUUUAAUUCAGUAGCUACUGGAAAGUAUGAUUGUUGUAGACCAAAUAAAAAAAAAAUGUAGGGCUACCUUGUAAAAUAAACUUUUGCUGGUUAAGUACAAUAGUGUUAAGUAAAGAACUCCAAAGAAAUAAAUAGAAUCCUACUGGAAUAUAGCAAACCUAAGGGAGGUCUUGGAACUGGCCUCCUUUGUGGUCAUGUUUAUGCAGCAUCAGUAGUGAGAAUAGUUACUGGAAAGCAAAAUUAAAGGUCCCAUCUAACUUUUAUUUGGACACUUUUUUUUAAAUACAUAUUUCACUUGAAAGCUUUAGUAACACGUUUGUUUUACAGACGUAAUUGAUAUUAAUAUUGUGAGUUUAUGGAGAGCUCAAUAUGUGUUAGUGUAGGUAAUGGGGUAAUAAGGAAAUAACACUUCUAAGAUACUGGUUCUUGGAACAAAAUAUAUGUAAGAUAGAGUGGUUUACGGAACUUAAAGUCAAAGAAGGAAAGGAAAAAACUCAAAUUUCACAUUUGAUUUCUCGUUUACGUCUUGCUCUUUCUUCAGAUCUUACAUUUUCUGGUGGUUGAGUGGACGCGUUCCAUUUAAAUAUGCUUAUCCCAUUGCAGUGCUGAAAAAUGUAUCUGGUUAUUUUUCCCACAAUCAAUUAAUGACAAGUAGGUUCUCAGAUGAUCACCUUUUUCCUUUCCUUCUUUUAGUUUCAAAGCCUAGAUGAGUAGUCAUUUGGGGUCUGCUCCAUAACAGGUACAGGGGCUGUUGUAUACCUCAUUUUAAAACUCUUAAAAGAGUGACUUGCUUUAACUUUCUCUAAAACCCUAGAGUUGCCAACUCUGCUCUGACUAAGGUUGACCCUCUGGCCAGUAGCACCACAUGACCGGUAAUAUGAGAUGUUGAGCCUGCUCACUGCCCAUUAGUACAUUUUAUAGCUUAUACUUAGGAAAUACUAUAGGAUUUGAACUUCGGCAGCUUUAAUAUAAGUUCUAACCACAGUUUCUGAAAUUCCUCGGCUAUUCUGCUGCCUUUUCACAUUAAACUUAUAAUGUGCAUGAUGGGAACACUUUAUAUAAUAAAUGACUCCUAUAAAUCUUCAAUAUUAACUGCUGUAUCUCAGUUUUCUUUGUUUUUUACAGUUUUAUUUCUAUGACCAAGAAUAGUUUUAAAAAAAUAAAUAAAUACAAAACUGGUAACAGGCAAUGAGUUUGUGGACAAUCUCAUAAUAGCUGACUGAAAUCACAUGCUAUCAGCUUAUUCGCUAUGAAUGUAGCAGUUCCUCUCUUGCACUACAUUUCUCUUUGCCGCGUCACUGUGCUGCUGCUGCUAAUGCCAAGGUCGGUUUCUUUGUCUUGUUUUGUUACUUUUUCAAUUUCCAGCCAAAACCAAAGACUUCUCUAUGAUUGUAUAAACUCAAAACAAACAAACAAACCAAAAAGUUGUUGGCAAGAAAACAUUUUCAGUCUUGGGCUAGUUUAUGACAGGAACAGCAGAGAAAAUGAGGGCACAAUCCAACAAUACACUGAAAUGUGAGGUCUUUUCGCAAAGGAAAAAAAAUGCAGUCUAGAGCAUUACAUCUAGGCUUGCUCUUUACCAAAUGUUGACACUUCUGAGCAAAAAGACCUUGCUUACUUGGCAAAAUCACUGAUAAAGGACAGUUAACUUUGCCCUUCUGUAACCUCAUAUUUCUCUACAGAGUGCCCUGUGCACUGAAGAUGCUGGUACAAUAUUGGCUUCUCUGACAAGGUUCUUUAAACCCAUCAGUGUUGGGAGUACCUUACGCUUAGUGAAGAGCAACGCAUUCGAAGGCCACUCUGCUCUGUUGGAUCUAACUCUUUGUGGGCUGGGUGAUGUUGAUUAAUACAGGCUGAGGUGCACUUCCUUUCUUUUUUUGUGUUUUGUUUUUACAGCUGUAGGAAAGAGCUGCUCUAUUGAAAAAAAAAAGUGUGUGUGUAUAUAUAUAUAUAUAUCUAUAUACACACACAUAUCCAUUUAUUUAUAUAUAUAUGUAUAUAUAUUGAUAUGUAUAUAUAUAAUCAUUCAAACAUCAAGACUGGAACGCUGCCCUUUUCUGUGAUAACUGGAGCCAAAAAUAUGAAAUGAACUAGUUAAUAUUUUUAAAUGGUUAGAAUUCUAUACUGUUGUUUUUUUCUUGUGUGUGAUAGAUCCAGUCUUGAUGCCUGUGCAGCUCUCUUCCUUUGUGUUUGUCCUUCUUCGCACCAUGUGCAACUAUGCAUUGUAUUUCUCAACUUUUUUUGUGCUAGACUAGGUAAAUGCCUGUGACUUUUUAACUUUCGGGGGAUUGCAAAUGGAGGAACUUUUUACAUGGAUGUUUUUAAUCUCAGUUGAUUAUGGGGUGUUUGGUUGUUGGGUCAUACAAGCUCUAUCCCAAAGCAAAAUCCAAAUGUUAAUAAUAUUAGCCUGAUGCAGAUACCAAAGAUAAUUUCUUUCCUGCAGAACCUUAGACUUGUGUAUUAAGUACUAUUACCCAGAACUUGCAUUAGUCUAACCUCAGUAAUUCCAAAGCUUAGAUGUAUAUUUUGGUAUAUUUCUGGGAUAUUAAAAAACUUGUUGUUGAAAUUCUUGUUUGUUUCAGUGUAAUGCUCUUUAAGUCAUAGCAUGGAGAUUAACUGACCUGUCUUUCUCUUGGUAGUUUGGAACAAUAGUAUUUUUGUAUGUUUUGGGUGUCUCUGUGUAUGUAUUAACAUAACAGUUUUCACUGCCUAGAUGUUCAUAUUGAAAUAAAAAAAACACAAAAAAAAAACAAAAUAAAUCCUAAAAUGUGUACAUACUAUACUAUAAUUAAAACAAUCUUAGUAUAAACUGGUUUCAUUUUCACAGACUGCAAUUUCCAUCUUGGGUUGAUUACAUUUAAGGAGACAAUCGCCAUUUCUUCUCCUACAGCCAAAAUAUUUUUUUAUUUUGUAGUAAAUAGAUAUUUAGGUACAGUUUAAACAUCAGACACUGUACAAAGUGCCAGAUAAGGUUGUAAUCCACAAAUCCAAGUUAUGCACUGUUUUCGCCUUUCUGGUAAAAUAAGCUUUUAUUUUAUAUAUAUAUGUGUGUGUGUGAGUAUGUGUAUAUAUAUAUUUAUAUAUAUAUUAUGUAUAUAUUAUGUGUGUAUAUAUAUAUAUAUAUAUAUAUAUUUAUAUAUAUAUAUAUAUAUUUAUAUAUAUAUAGUGUGUACAUAGAUCAACUUUUGAAUUGAACAGGUUAUUUCAAAAAAGAUUAAAUGUAUCAACUUAACUACAUUAUUUAAAUUGAGAAAUUUGGCGAUUGUCUCCUUAAGAGGCACCCUGGUUUCCAUAAACAAUGAAAGAUUAUGUAGACAACAGUGAUUCAGGAUAAAUGGUAGAUUUUGUGUAGAUGCAUUUGUCUGCUGUAAUUUUUUUUAUAUAUAUAUAUAGUAAACUUACUGUAACUGUACAGUUAAUUUCUGUUGUAAACCUCAUUAAACCAUUUUUCAAGUGUUUUAA